AUGAAGUCCUCUACGCUCGCUGCCAUCCUUCUUGCUCUUGUAGUGCUAAACCUCAGCACCACUUGCCAUGGCACGCUGCAGUGGGGAUUCUACAAAGGAAAAUGCGGUCGGAACAAUGUCGAGGCCAUCAUCCGAGGCGUUGUCACAGCUCGGUUCAGGAGAGACCCAGCCAUCGUUGCUGCGCUCCUUCGAAUGCAGUUCCAUGACUGCUUUGUUAAUGGGUGCGAUGCAUCGAUACUCUUGGAUGGAUCCUCGAGUGAGAAGACUGCACCCCCAAACCUGAGUGUCAGGGGCUACGGCAUUAUCGACGAAGCUAAGGCUGCAUUGGAGAAGGCCUGCCCUGGUGUAGUUUCAUGCGCAGAUAUCAUUGUUGUUGCAGCGACAAGGGAUGCAGUUGCAUUGGAUGGAGGGCUGCGGUAUGAAUUCCCAAUGAGGAGGAGAGAUGGAAAGGUCUCGCUUGCCAGCAACGUGAAUCUCCCGUCUCCUUCAGCAACAGUGACACAGGCGUUCGACGCAUUUAAAAGGAAGGGACUCAGUACAGCUGAAAUGGUUCUUCUGUUCGGUGGUCAUACUGUUGGAGUCACGCAUUGUGCAUUUGUCAUGAAUCGCCUUUACAAUUUCAAGGGAACAAAUGAAGCUGAUCCUACCAUGAAUCCUGCUCUCGUUAAGGAGCUAAAACUUAGAUGCCCUGCAAAUGGAGCAUCAGGGAAUAACACAAUCAACCUGGAUCAGAACAGGUAUAGUGCAAACACAGUGGACAACAGUUAUUACAAGCAACUCAUGAUGAAGAAUGGCAUUCUUGAAAUCGACCAAAAGUUGGCUUUGGACUCUGAAACCAAAAAUCUAGUUUCAUCGCAAGCUAAUGGAUCCAACUUCCCAACCCUAUUCAACUAUGCCUUGGUCGAGAUGGGCACCAUCCAAGUCCUUACUGGAACACAAGGAGAAAUAAGGAAAUCCUGCCGAGCUAUCAACAAGCGUUAA